AUGUUGACCUAUUACAUGACUUCCGGCGUGGUAAAUUUGAACGUUGUUUGUUGAGAAGUUCGCCAGUGGCAAAGGAGAGAGGACCAGUAUAUUUAACUUAACACGAUAAUUGAUACUGCAACAAUCAUGAAGAAAACCAAAGCACUGGCAAUGCAAAUGGGUUUGAUAAGGAAAAGAGCUGUGGUGAACAAUUUCCAAAAGCCAAGUGUGAGAAAAUUAGAUCAGCACUAUUCAUUCCUUUUGAUCAUAGAUUUUGAGUCAACGUGUUGGGAGAAUCGUAACUAUAGAACACAAGAAAUAAUUGAAUUUCCAGCAGUGUUAUUAAACACAUCUAAUGGUAAAAUAGAAAGUGAGUUCCAUUAUUACGUCCAGCCACAAGAACAACCCACACUUAGUGCCUUCUGUAAACAAUUAACUGGUAUAACACAGGAACAAGUAGAUGAAGGUAUUCCAUUAUCACUAUGUUUAGCAAAGUUUACUUACUGGAUAGAGAAUUUAGAAAGAGAAAAGAAUAUUAUGUUUGUUAAAUCCGAAUAUGUACCCAAAGGUGUGAAUGCUGCAACAAUAGUCACAUGGUCAGAUUGGGAUUUGAAUGUAUGUUUAUUAAAUGAAGCUAGAAGAAAACAGAUUAGAACACCAUAUCAAUUAAACAGUUGGAUUGAUCUCAGACUAGCAUACAAAGUUUUCUAUCAAAGGAAACCAAAUGGUUUAAAUGGUGCUUUAGAAGAUGUUGGUAUAAUUUUUAAGGGAAGACAACAUUCAGGUUUAGAUGAUUCUAGAAAUACAGCAGCUUUAGCUUGGAGAAUGAUAAGAGAUGGCUAUAAAGUGGAAGUAACAAAAAGUUUACGUGGGGUGAGAUAACAGUGUUGUAACAUAAAAUACCAACACUGAACAUUAACCUAUGCAAUAUCUGUGCUUACUGCCACUUAGACUUUUUUUAAUACAAUUGUAAUACUUUUAAAAGAAUACAGAAGACAAGACUUUCAAUUUUAUUUUAUGCUGUGUAUAUAUUACAAGAAAUGGUGGACAUGUAUUUUAAUUUUUUUUAAAACUGUGCAAUAAAGUUUAUUGAUUAU